UUCCCCAUCCGCGGUUCUCUCCUCGUCAGUUCGCUCCAGGCUCGCGGCUCUUUCGGAAGGAUGCGCGCGCUCCCGGUGCUCUUCUCCGUAGCUGCUCUCCUCCUGCACUCCUCUCCGGGGCUGCUCGGGGAGAUGCAGCUGAAUGUGCCGCUGUGCAAGUCAGGAUUUUCACAAAGCCUUUAUUCCCUGCGCCUCUCGAGGGAUCUAGUGCACGGGCAAAGUGUGCUCAAAGACACCAUGCUGUCAUCAGGAGCAGUUCAUUUUGAGGACUGUUCGGAGCAGGCAGCCGUGCGUCUGGACAGCAGUGAUCCCCGCUUCAGAGUGGAGGCAGACGGAUCCGUGUACACUCAGAGAGACGUGUUUACUCUGAACACACCCAUAACAUUCACAGUGACGGCUCACACUGCAGACGACACACACACCUGGGAGACCAGCGUCCACCUGCAGCUGGAGGAAAUGACAGGUAAUUACAUGGCACGAGGACAGGAGGACACGGGGACGCAGGAAGUUGUCAUCAGGUUCCCGUCAAGACAGAACUCCAGCGAGUUGCAGAGGCAGAAGCGAGACUGGGUCAUUCCACCAAUCAACGUGCCGGAGAACUCCCGAGGUCCCUUUCCACAGAUGCUCGUCAGCAUCCGUUCAGAUAAAGAUCGCUCCAUUAACAUCAGAUACAGCAUCACGGGCGUUGGAGCGGAUCAGCCUCCUAACGAAGUGUUCAACAUCGAUCCAGAGAAAGGCAAGAUGUACGUCACCAAGCCUCUGGACAGAGAGGAGCGCUCUUCAUACCACCUUCGUGCUCAUGCGGUCGAUAUGAACGGGAAUCAGGUGGAGCAGCCGGUGGACCUCUAUAUCUUCGUCAUCGACAUGAAUGACAACCGGCCCGAAUUCAAGAAUCAGAUCUAUAAUGGUUCCGUGAUGGAGGGAUCCAAACCAGGUACGACAGUUAUGACAGUAACAGCACACGAUGCUGAUGACAUCACCACCUCUAAUGGCAUGGUGCAUUACCGGAUUCUCCAGCAGACCCCGCACAUCCCGAUCCCAAAUAUGUUCACUAUUAACAGAGAGACUGGAGACAUCGUUACUGUCGCAGCUGGACUUGACCGAGAGAGAGUUCCUCAGUACACAGUGAUCGUUGAAGCGACAGAUAUGGAGGGGAACCUGAACUUCGGUUUGUCGAGCACAGCAACAGCGCUAAUCGCCAUCACUGACAUCAACGACAAUCCACCUGAACUCACACAGAGCACGUUCUCAGGCGAGGUGAUGGAGAACAGCGUGAACGUAGUGUUAGCGAACCUCUCCGUGAUCGAUAAGGACGAGCCUCGAACGCCCAACUGGAACGCCGUGUACCGCAUAGUCAGCGGUGACAACGGACGCCACUUCACUAUCCGGACAAAUCCAGAGAACAACGACGGCAUGCUCACUGUGGUGAAGCCGGUAGACUUUGAGACGAAUCGAGCGUUCAUGCUGACAGUAGUAGUCGCUAAUCAGGCUCCUUUAGCUGAAGGGAUUCAGUCGUCUUUGCAGUACACAGCCGGGGUCACCGUCUCGGUCAGGGAUGUCAAUGAGCCACCCGUUUUCCCAGAGAACCCCAAAAUGGUGCGAUUUGAGGAGGGCGUUCCCGCUGGCACCAUCAUCACUACACUCACUGCACGAGACCCAGACACCUUCAUGCAGCAGAGCAUUCGAUAUCUUAAGCUGUCGGAUCCCGCUAACUGGCUCUCCAUCAACACAACAAACGGUCAGAUCACCACGGCCGCCGUGCUGGACAGAGAAUCCAUCUACGUCAAGAAGAACAUCUACGAGGCCACGUUCCUCGCUGCUGACAAUGGUUCUCCUCCUGCCAGUAGCACAGGAACACUGCAGAUAUUUCUUAUAGACGUUAACGAUAACGCUCCAUCACUGGUUCCUCACGAUGCUCAGAUCUGCGAACGAUCCAACAUGAACUCUAUCAACAUCACGGCCGUGGAUGCAGACACUGAUCCCAACGUCGGUCCUUUCAUCUUCGAGCUGCCUCUUCACCCCUCCAUCAUCCGCCGCAACUGGACCGUCUCUCGAAUCAAUGGAGACUUUGCCCGUCUGAGUCUAAGGAUCCAUUUCCUGGAGUCGGGUGUGUACGAGGUUCCCGUUUUUGUGUCAGACUCAGGAAACCCACCGCUCUCCAACCGCUCCGUCAUUAAGGUGAAGGUGUGUCCGUGUGACGAACAUGGGGACUGCACUGCCCUCGGUGCCGUAGCAGCAGCGGGCCUGGGCACCGGCGCCAUCAUCGCCAUCCUUAUCUGCAUCAUCAUCCUUCUUAGCAUGGUCUUGCUCUUUGUGGUAUGGAUGAAGAGGAAAGAGAAGGAGAGGCAGACAAAACAGCUGCUGAUUGACCCCGAGGAUGACGUCAGAGACAACAUCCUGAAAUAUGACGAGGAAGGAGGAGGAGAGGAGGACCAGGACUAUGAUUUGAGUCAGCUGCAGCAGCCCGACUCCCUGGAGCACAUCAUGGGUAAAACCCCAGGCGUCCGACGGGUGGACGAGAGGCCUGUGGUGCCAGAGUCUCAGUACCCGCUACGACCCAUGGUGCCCCACCCUGGGGACAUAGGAGAUUUCAUCAAUGAGGGUCUGAGAGCAGCGGAUAAUGACCCGACGGCCCCACCGUACGAUUCGCUGUUAGUGUUUGACUACGAGGGAAGCGGGUCCACAGCCGGGUCGGUCAGCUCGCUCAACACCUCCAGCAGCGGAGAGCAAGACUACGACUACCUCAACGACUGGGGACCGCGUUUCAAAAAACUCGCCGACAUGUACGGGGGUGGAGAUGACUAAAACGAAAAAGGGGCCGUCCCUCAAUGGCUCCUCCCACGUCACCUGACCUGCGGCGACAACCAAUCACGGGCCUCUCUCUCUCGCUCGCUCUCUGAAAAACACACCCACCUACAGUACCAAUCACUUGGCCAGCCCCAGAGAGACUUGUACAGAGAGAGACAGUGUUAUAGUGGACCUGUUUUUUUUUCCUUUAUUAUGUUUUUAGCAGUUUAUUGUUUUGUUUUGUUUUGUUUUGUUUUUUUACUUAUUUUUUUAAUAGUCGAGCCGUAUUCACGCUUUGUGCUUAUUAUUUCUUUCUAAGAUUCCUGCAUUUUGGUUGAUGCAGUUAAGUGCAGGUGAAAACUUCCUGCUAGUAUUGAGACAGCGCAUAAAAAAGAGAAAAGAGUUCUAAAAAAAAAAAAAGACAAGGUAGGCAUUCUACUCUUCAAAUGGUCUGAACAAGCCAUUCUUUUUUCUUUCUCUGAACUUGAAUUCUUACGAGAAGAGGAGCACUGUCGCCGUUGUCAUCGUUGUCGUUAUCGUUGUUUAAGAAGUGCCUUUAGUGGUGCGUAGUUCUUGGAUUUUUCUCAGGAUUGGUCUUCUGUCCAGACCUACACCUGACAUCAACACACACUUCUACAGCUGACCGACCAUAUUCGAGCUCCUCAUACUGUAAUUCUCUCCUGCAAGAACGUUGAGGCUUUUGGCUUGUAGCUCCAUGACAGGAAGCUGACAUGAGUUAAACCGUCAUGUUUCAGGUUUGCGUCAGCGAAUAGUCCACAGUACACCAGAAAUGUAGUUUUUUAAACAAAACCAAUUUGACUUCACGGUUUCUGUUAACGAGGAGAUCAGCAGAAACAUUAUUGCCGUCGAACCACAAGGUUUAAUGAUGAUCGCGUCCAAAUUUGGUAGUACUGAAAAUUGCGAAUAUGAUAUACAGUGAGAUUUUUAAAAAGCGGGAUUUUAAAAUGUCACUACCCUCUUAGAAGGCUGUCUGGGUAGACAAGAUUUUUCUCAAAGCAGCACAUGGACAACUCCUAAGGUUCCUUUAAGGUUCUUCUGAAGUUCCUUCUUUUAGGACAGGUUAAAAAACGCAAAAUCGCUUCUGCUAGCAAAUCUUUGAGAAUGCAGGAAAGUUUGGGAAACUUGAGAAAAGUGCAACCGGAGGGUCUCUCUAAAAUGCUGCCUAGUGAGAAUAGCAAAACGUUAAACAUGAUAUGGCAUUAGGUUGUAAAGCGUUAUUGUUGUUAUUGUGAUAUGAACAUGUAAUGCCUUGAAGCGCUAGGGUUAGGGCUUCAUUUCCAUGGUUGCUCUACACUGAGGUCCUGACUGUCCACAUGUAUGUUUGUGUUUUCUCAGUUUUUUUUCACCUCCUGUUCAUACAAACAGUAUUUUUGAUCAUUAAACAUUUUCAUGUGGCCAGAGAUUUUUAAAAAAACAUUGUUCAUGUGGAUGAAAAACAGGGAUUAAAAAGUCUCUGUUUAAGCAUCGUAAAUUUAUUACUCAUCUCUCGAAGCAUGUAUUAAGAAAUUAAUGAGGCAAUAUUGCAUGUAUGUCACUGGAAGAUUAAAAUAUCGCUCACUGUUAGAGAGCCGAAAUGUUCCCAGUUCUCAAUUUACGAGGCAAAAACAGGGGGGUUGGGGGGUUGGGGUUGUUUGUUUAAAUAGCAUAUGCAAGAAUUCAUUCAUCAAAUCAGCACUACAGUCUCACCCACUCUGUAUCUCUGCACUGUUAGUAGUUAGUAGUUUAUUUAUAGAUAUUUGACACUUUUAGAACAAGAUCAUUUGGAAAACUUUCACUCGAUCACGAAGAACCGUCAUGUGAGAAAGUAUUCACGAUAAAUUAUUCUGUAUAGAUAAGAAAUGUAGUUUAAUGUUUGAUGUUUCACGCCACGUCCGUUUUUUUUUUUUAAUACACUAUGAGAAAAGAGUUUUAAUAAUUAGUCAUAAAUUGCUGUGGAUCGAAACGAACGGCCACACAAAAUGCUAUUUUUCACGAAAGCCUGUUAAGGUCUGUGAUUUCUAAUAAAUUUGUAGCUUUCAUGCAAAGCAGCAUCCUUAAAGAACCUUAAAAAAAAUCUGGCUAAUUAUCUUGGACAGUCGUUAUGAAUAAACCAAUAAAGUCUUAGUAAAGAAGGGAAGUAAAUAUUGUAAUUAACGUUAGAAAUUGGAAAUACAGUAAAGAAAAAAAAUCCAGUAUAAGUAUACGGCAAUGGGAAAGAGUGUAUGAAGAAUAUUAAGAUACAGGAGCUAGCGUUAAUCAUGUGAUCAAGCUGGAAACAGGAAGUACGCGAGGAAGUGGAACAAGGAAAUAAACUGAGGCUGGAUUCACACUAAGC